CAAGAAAUGAAGAAGUACCACUGUUUUCCAGGAAGCGUGCGCAAUAACAACGUGGUUAUAUUGUAUUUGCUGGUGUUAAUGUUCAUAAUACCAAAGCUGCUAACUAUUCACAAUGAAGCAAGCAGAGGCAAAGCAGCAGCACCCCUCUCUCUAUCUGGAAGUUUCCUCUCAAAACGAUGAGCAUCGUCUUCCUCUGCACACCUCCAUCGCUUUGUUUCUACUCUCCUACUGCGAGUGCAAGUCUUUCAAAGUUUUUCUGGUUUUCACCGAACCUGACAACUCACUGUUACUGAAGAGUAAGCUACCAGAGACACUGGAUGUUUCUGACAUCCAUGUGGAGGAUCUGCCCCGGCUGGUGAGGGGCUGCCGUCUCCCUGCUGUGUUGGAUGAGACUCAGAGGCUGUGCAGGGCAGGACUGGCGGUGGUCCUGAGACAUAUCAUUAACAAGACCCUGGAGGCUGACCCAUCUAGAAAUGAUGUGCUUGCACUGCUUGGAUUCAAGAAGACCUGUUUGAAGGCCUGUGCUGAGGUGAGCAAGUGGACCCGCCUGUGUGAACUUGGCAUUCCCUCUGCUGUUGAAGAACACCUCAAAAAUCCCUCAUAUCAACCCCAGCAGCUACCUCUCUCCAUCCUCACAUUAGAGCAAAGGCUAUCAGAACCCGUCAAAGUCCACAACGAUGACAAAAUACGCAGACAAAAACUCCAGGAGCAGAGACAGAACCAAAAGAAAGUAUUUCAAGAAGACCAAGGGAACCCUGGCUCUGAGAAUGAACCUAGAAAGUCACCUCAGGUCCAUGAUGGACUGGAGCUCAGGGCGGCUCUGGCUAAGCUGUCUGUGGAUGCAGUUCCCACUUCAACCUGCAGAGAGAGCUCUGAGAUUAGGAAAGUUAAGACAACAGACCUACCUCCGCUGGAGCAUGUGUUUGCUGAAGGACUCUACUUCACUCUGACGGAUGUGGUGCUGCUACCAUGCAUCUAUCACUACUUGUGUUCCCUCGAAACCCACGCUGCAAACACUCUGCAUCAGCUCCCGCACCUGCUGCAAUGGUACAGCCGUGUCCAGGAGGUUCCUGGGGUCCGUAGAGCAGCCACAGCUUGUGGGAUGACCCUGACCACCCCUGAAGUCCCUGUAUCCAGCAUCCCAGUGCCGUCAUCAGAGGUUGACCCAACCAGGCUACUAGAACAAGAUGAAAACCAAGAGAUGACCUCACAGCUUCCCUUUGUUGGAGGACCAAGGCCUACAAUGACUAAACUCAAAGAAAAUGGCAUUGAGGCUGUGUUCACUCCUCAUCCUCGCCCUGCCUGGACCCUCCCAUGGGAGAACUUACCCGCAGCCAUCAACCCCAUUGAAGGGAAAAUGUCAAACAUCCGUGCUGUCAGGAAGAGGCAACAGCUGAAUAACUUGGUCGCUAUGGUUACAGAGCUAGCCAGGCCAGGCUUCACCAUCGUGGAUUUCUGCAGUGGAACGGGCCAUGUAGGCAUCGUUCUGGCUCACACACUACCAGACUGCCAGGUCCUCCUCAUUGAAAACAAAGAAGAGUCUCUGGUCAGAGCUCAGAGUCGCAGCGCUGAGCUUGGUCUGAAAAACAUCGGCUUCAUUCAGGCCAAUCUGGACUACUUCACUGGACCCUUUCAGAUUGGGGUUGCCCUUCAUGCAUGCGGUGUGGCCACAGACAUGGUGACGGAGCAUUGCAUUCAAGCGGGAGCUGCCUUUGUCAUCAGUCCUUGUUGCUACGGCUUCAUCCAGAAUGCAAUCAAGUUCUCAUUCCCCAAGAGCAAAAGAUUCCAGGAGACCCUGUCUUAUAAGGAACACAUGAUCCUCUGUCGAUUUGCGGACCAGACUGCUGUCCAGCUCCCUCCUGAAAGGAGACUUAUAGGUAAACAGUGUAUGGGCCUGGUAGACUUGGACCGCUCUUUGGCAGCAGAGACUCACGGUUACUCGGUGCGGGUGAUGACGAUGGAGCCUGAGAGCUGUUCACCAAAGAACAACAUGCUGGUGGGAAGGCCACCGCAGAGGAGGAGUGAACUGGAUGUGGACUCUGGCCAGCUGGAUAAAACGGUGCAUAAUUAAGACUGUGAGGAGCAGCAGAAACAUCAGCAGUGUGGCUCCUGGCUGGGUCGUGAUGAUGCUGAGAAAACGUUUUUCUAAUCCACCCUGAACACGUUCCUUCAUUUUUUUGAAAUCCUUUUUUAUACACAUAAUCUCAUGAGAAUAAAACAGAUGUUUGGUUGAUAUUUCUGGAUUGGCAAAAGUUACCUUCUUAAAUCUUUUCAGUUUGGGGCCAUGACUUUUAUUACAAUAAACAUGUGGUAGGGAGCUUUUCUUCAGCGAAACAAACUCAAUUAUUUGAUGCUUAGCUAUCAUAGAAGAGCUCACCAACUGCUACAUUACGUUUGUGUCUUUGCCAGAAAUAUGUGAUCAAGCUGUCAGCGUAAACAGAAGCAGCAGGAAUUACACACCCACAUUGCAAAUUAACUACAGCAUACUUCCACUUGCUGUUUUUGCAAAUAGUUUAUAUGUGGCUUUCUGUGAUUGAACUCAGCAGUCAGCAUGCUCUGUUGCCAGGUAUAAAAACAAGAAAGAGCGGAUGAAAACUCAUCUGCACUUAAAAAUGAGAUGGGGAUUAUCAUUAUCCGCCUUGUGUGAGGUUCAAGAAAAAAAGGAGGGGGGUUGUGAAAGAGAAAAAUUGGACUGAAAGUCAUUUUGUAUCAGGUAUAAUUUAGUA